AGAUAGUCAGUCUGAUUGUCUCCAAAGGGGACCCUACUUGGGUCCAAACUGUCAAAAAUUCUGCCAGGUCUCCAGGGGUCAAGUCUAAAGAUGGCAAAAACUAUUGCUGGACCAAGAUGGACCAUGUCUCAUGAGUACACAUCUUCCCAUACAACUGUCUCCCAAGUCUUACUUCAUAUCCAGUGCUAAGGUUAUCUAUGUCAUCAGGAAUCCAAGAGAUGUUGCUACAUCUCACUAUCAUAUGAGAAAACAUUUUCACCUUUUGAACAAUCAACAGACUUUUGAUGAGCAUCUUCGCUCAUUUAUCCAAGUUUUUGGAUCCUGGUUUGAUCACGCACUUGGAUGGUUAACCAGGAGAGACACAGAGAACUUUCUACUAAUGUCCUAUGAGGAGCUACAGAGGGACCUCAGAGGUAGCAUGCAAAAAGUGUGUCAAUUUCUGGGCAAAUAUCUGACUCCAGAACAGCUUGAUUCUGCUGUCUGAAACUUGUCCUUUCCAGUCAUGAAAGAGACUAGCAUGUCCAACAGCCUAAUGCUAAGAAAUCCCAAAGAUGGCACCGUCUCCAAUAUACCAUUGCUGAGAAAGGGUAAGAAAAGAUAGAGUGUCAAGGUUGUGUUGUAGAAAUGGGUAGGUGUUUGAUGUUUUCGUGAAGCAUGAGUCAUGAAAACAGACGUGCUUGGAAGCUAGUGUCAUAUUCCAUCAUAUUCUUCAGAAGAGUCGCUGCUCACAGAUCCGUUACUGAGACUCCUUAAAACCACGGUUAAGCAGAGAAGGAGUGAGAAGUGCCUGUGCCCUCCUGGCUCUGCCUGUGCGAUGGACAAGUCCUGUCUAUACACUUAGACCAGUCAGUCUCAGUGACAUGGUCCACGUCUAUAAGAAACCAGAGGUGUAGUCACAGGAACAGCACUUUCCAAUUCAGAGGAGCGGGGAGCACUUUAAACCACUGCGUUAUCUUUCCAGCCCCUCUUUGAAGGAAUAAAGGGUGAAACUUAGGCCUGAUCCCUAGAACUUGGAAAAAGAAUUUUUGAGAUCACUUUUCCAAAAGUAUGGAUUCCUGAUUUUAACUUUGGGGAUUCUAGAUAUGAUCUUCAUGCUUCCCACUUUCUGCAUUGUGAUGCUGGUGUCUUUUAGGAUCACGGCAUGAACUACAGUUCAGGUGGAUGUUCACUGCACUGAGAACAACACCAGUGUAGACAUGUUACAAACAUGACUCCCAACCAGAACUGUAAGAGAAUCAGGGUCUCUUCAUGUUCAAACCCCAACACUCUAAGACAGCCAUUAAGGACUCAUUCAUGUUUUCAAACAUGCUCAGAGUUUAUUGAAUGUAUUUGUUAUCUAAAUAUUGCAAAGUGGUGAGGGGAAGUAUAAAGACGGAUGGGGGCAGGACACUGUGAAAGAACAACCCUGGAAUCAGCUACCAGUACCAGGUGUGCAACUUGGGACAGGGUACACAGGAGGAAUAUGACGAAGGAAAAGACGUUGUUUCAAGAUCAGUUUGUGCUGUUCCAUACCAGACGGACACCUCUCCUCUUGCGUUCUUCUUUGACCCAGGGACAAUGUAAGAUAUCCAGUUUUUCCUUCAUUUCCACAGCUUGCAGUAGCAUCUUUGACUCCUCAGUCAAUGCAGAUUUGUCCAGUCUGGAGUGAAAAAGACAGUGCUGUUUAUUUUUAUUACAUUUACUAAUUUGUAUGUGUUUAUACGGGCACAUGCUACAGUGCACAUGGAAGAUCAGAGGUCAAUUCAUGGGAGUCCAUCCUCCCCCUUCUAUGUGGGUCCCGGGUUGUCAGGCUGGACAGCAAGUGCCUUCACCCACUGAGCCAUAUCAGCAUCUCAAGUUUUGUUGACAAUCACUUGCCUCUCUUUACCUCUAUGCUGACUUCUCUGUCACCCUUCCCUAGGAAUGAAUGAAUGUACCAAGUGUCAAGAGAAGGCGUGAUUCUCUCCCAGAGAGUAGGGACCCUAUCAUAUAUAUAGAUAUGUAAUAUAGAUGUCUAUAUAAAGAAUCUAUCAAGAUGUUAAGAUUAAAGUUAAAAAACAUUGAAGUAAAAAUGACUUUUUUCAGCCAUUCAUUGUUUAA